AUGUUUUUCAAGGAAGUCCAAUCUUACACACAUCAGAGAUCUCACACGGGGGAGAAGCCGUAUUUCUGCCCUGAGUGUGGGAAAUGUUUUUCAGACAAGUCCAGUCUUUACACACAUCAGAGAUCUCACACGGGGGAGAAGCCUUAUUCAUGUCCUGAGUGUGGGAAAUGUUUUUCAACAAAGUCCAAUCUGUACAAACAUCAGAGAUCUCACACCAGGGAGAAGCCAUAUUCCUGUCCUGAGUGCGGGAAAUGUUUUUUACAUAGACAUCAGAGAUCUCACACAGGGGAGAAGCCGUAUUCUUGUCCUGUGUGUGGGAAAUGUUUUCAAAAGAAGUCUGAUCUUUACACACAUCAGAGAUUGCACACAGGGGGGAAGCCGUAUAACUGUCCUGAAUGUGGGAAAUGUUUUUCAGACAAGUCCAGUCUUAACAUACAUCAGAGAUCUCACACAGGAGAGAAGGUAUAUCCCUGUCCUGAGUGUGGGAAAUGUUUUUCAGUGCAGUCUAGGCUUAACACACAUCAGAGAACUCACACGGGGGAGAAGCCAUAUUCCUGUCCUGAGUGCGGGAAAUGUUUUUUAGGCAAGUCCAGUCUUAACAUACAUACACAUCAGAAAUCUCACACGGGGGAGAAGCCUUAUUCCUGUCCUGAGUGUGGGAAAUGUUUUUCACAGAAAUGGCAUCUUAUCGCACAUCAGAGCUUUCACACAGGGGAGAAGCCGUAUACCUGUCCUGAGUGCGGGAAAUGUUUUUCACGGAAGUCCAUUCUUUCCAAACAUCAAAGAUCUCACACGGGGGAGAAUCCGUAUUCUUGUUCUGAGUGUGGAAAAUGUUUUUCAGAGAUGUCUUGUUUUCAUAAACAUCAGAGAUCUCACACGGGGGAGAAGCCAUAUUCCUGUCCUGAGUGUGGGAAAUGUUUUUCGCGGAAGUCCCAUCUUCACACACAUCAGAGAUCUCACACAGGGGAAAAGCCAUAUUUCUGUCUGGAGUGCGGGAAAUGUUUUUCACAAAAUUCCCACCUUUACAGACAUCAGAGAUCUCACAAAGGGGAGAAGCCGUAUUCCUGUCCUGAGUGUGGGAAAUGUUUUUCACAGAAGUCCCAUCUUUCCAAACAUCAGAGAUCUCACACGGGGGAGAAGCCGUAUUCCUGUCCUGAGUGUGGGAAAUGUUUUUCACAGAAGUCCCAUCUUUCCAAACAUCAGAGAUCUCACACGGGGGAGAAGCCGUAUUCCUGUCCUGAGUGUGGGAAAUGUUUUUCACAGAAGUCCCAUCUUUCCAAACAUCAGAGAUCUCACACGGGGGAGAAGCCAUAUUCCUGUCCUGAGUGCGGGAAAUGUUUUUCACAGGAGUCCUAUCUUUACAGACAUCAGAGAUCUCACACGGGGGAGAAGCCACUUUCCUGUCCUGAGUGCGGGAAAUGUUCCUCACUGAAGUCCUAUGUUCCUGUACAUCAGGGGUCCCACACAACCCUGGAGGUGUAUUAG